UCAACAAGAUGGCGGCGUUGUGGCUAUUAUAAAGUUUCUUUGCUCUUUUACUGGCUAUCUAUGUUAUAAGAGUAUUAAAUAUGGCUUCAUUGGAUGAAGAUAAUGAUUCUUCAAGUAGCUACGAAAGCGAACCAGAGGAAGAAACUUUCGAUUCCAAAGAAGACAACGAUGAAGUGGAUCAUUUAAAGAAAGAACUAUCACAUAUUCCAUUUUGUGAGCUGCAAGAUUUGAGAGAUAAGGUUGGAUCUAAAAAAUACAACCAAGCAAUCCAUGGUGUCCUUGAAGAGAGAGAGGGUAAAACCARAAGCCCGGAUAAAAACAAAAAGAAAAGCAAAAACAAACCAAUGGAAAUGUCAUCAAAACAGAAAAUCCCRAARCURAGAAAAGUUGUUGCUUUAAAMAAGAAGGCAACCAGAGAUCCACGGUUUGAUGACAUCUCAGGAAAAUUCAAUGAAGAAAUGUUCAAUAAAGCAUAUUCUUUUGUUGAUGAUAUCAAAGCUAAAGAGAAACAGGAUAUUGAAAAACAAUUAAAAAAGACAAAAAAURUGCAGAGGAAGGAAACUCUCCAAAAAGUCCUCAAAAAAAUGGAUCAUAGUGAAAAAUUAAAGAAAGUUAACGAAAAAAGAAUAGAAGAAAAAAGGGCUCGGAAGAAAGCAGAAAUGGAUCUAAUAAAGCAAGGAAAGAAACCAUUCUAUCUUAAGAAAUCUGAGCAAAAGAAAUUAGAAUUGGCAGAAAAAUAUAAACAAUUAAAAUCAUCUGGAAAGCUGCAAAAAUAUCUCAGUAAAAAACGGAAAAAGACUGCAAGUAAAGACAGAAGACACAUGCCACAAAGAAGGGAAGUUAGUCAUUAGUUAAGUAAGUUAGUUAGUUAUUAAUAAUAUAAUAAUAGAUAUUGAAAUGUAACUAAUGAUUAUCUCAUAAACUCUAUAAACAAGACUGAUUUUCAAGUUAUUAUUUCUAUUACGAAGCCCAUACCAUAAAUUUUAAGUUUAAUCUUAAAACUCGAUAAAAUAAAACUUUCAAAAAUGUUUUUUUUUUUUAAUAAUUACUUGUAAAAUAUUCGAAUACCUACUUCUGAAAUUAGAGCGAAUUUCGUAUGAGUGGGAAACGGACGGUACUGUACUGUGACCAAAUUCUAGUGCCCCAUUGGUUCACCAAAAUUGUGCAGGCCAGGUCCGGUAACUGUGCGGUAACCAUGCGGUAACGGUGUCCCACUCAUACGAAAUCCGCUCUAUUAAUCAUGUACUUGAAAGAAAUUCAAACUAACUAGGAGUAAUGAGAGAGAAAAAGAAACAAAAAUAAAAUGUCACCGCCCGGGCUCGAACCGGGGACCUUGCGCGUGUGAGGCGCACGUGAUAACCACUACACUACGGUGACUUCCGAUGUAGAAAUWUGAGAUAUUUUGUAAUUUUAUAUAGUCUAUAUACUUUAGACUAACAUAACGACUGGAUAAAUACAUUUUCMUGAUCUAAUAGUCCUAAAUUUUGUUGUUAAUUUGGAUUUAUAAGAGUAUAACUGUUCUAAACWGAAAGGAAAGUUUAUUCGCCACAGGAAACCCAACACCAUUACCUAUCUGCAAGCUUCAGAAAUUCCACGUGUUUAAAUUUAUCGUAUUACCAAUUUUAUACUUCUUUUAUAAAAUUUUUCUGCGUUUUUCUGGCGAAAAACAAUUUUUUUUUUAAUUUUUUCUGCUCUUUUUCGAGCGAAAAMCGAAUUUUGCCGAUCUGAUUAUAAACAUGGUCGUCAGCCAAUCAGAGCGCGCGUUAUAUAUAUCAAAAAUUUUAUAAAACUGGAUACAGCGUCAAAGCGUUUAGUGAAAACGAGGGGCUCUUAUCCUAUCAAAAACGUUUUGUCGAGAAGCAAAUCCUUGGGUUUUUCUGCAACUUAGUAUAAAAACAAAUAAAAAACCUUUGAUCUGAAAUUGUGUCAAAAAAAUCCCAGCUGAUCAAAGAAGACGAUUUUCGUCUGUAUGGCGACCCUUGGGGAAGAGGAGGGUAAACCAUUCCGUCCCCUAGAACCGCCACACGUAGGAACGUUUCAAUUUCUCGAUAUUUCGUUUUCCUAUUGUAGGCGGUCAAAGUGCGGUAAAAGGAUACCUUUAUU